AUGCCUUUCCUUUCUGUAAUAACUGGAACACCAAUUUCAACUUUUGUUAUUGUCAAAAUUUCGGAUCAGUUAUAUCCUGAGGUUGAACCCACUUUUGCUGCGCGACAAUACCAAAAACUGAAAAAAAAGUGGCAUGUUUUCAACAAUAAUGAAUCAUCGACAACAUUGGGUUUCAAUAGAGAUUAUAUUAAUCCACUUAUCCAAACAGGAUGGGCCGAAUUCAAAACUCUCAAUAAUCUACCCAACAAUGUUGAAAUUACGGUUGGACAUUACGGACCAAGAAUAUUCAACCUAAUUUCAUACAAAGAAAUAUCUCUACCUACUGAAAUUCCAUCUUUCCACAGCCGAAGUAUUAAACCAAAUGAAACUAUUUUUUUUGAGAUUCUCAUGACUCCUGAAAAUAUCACAGCAACAAAAUUGAAAUUGCAAUACAACUUUGCAAACUUCUUAAGAGAACAUAUGUUGUACUUUCUUUUACUCAUAGGAGAUAAUGGGUUUAAAGAGGAUUGCUCAGUUAAUGAUUUUCAUGAUUCAAAAAACACUUCAUUAGGAAACUCAUGGAACAAAUUCGCUGCAAGUCAAUAUUUCAAAAUUGGGGACAUCGUUCGUUUCAAAUUCGAUCUAUCAAAUUUAAAUGGAAACUGCAAAGUCUACAAAUUGGGUGGGUGA